ACCACUUUUGCCAGAGAUCUGCUCCCCCCUAUACCUGCUACUACAAUGUCGAAAGCCCUCAAGCUAGAGCUCCCAUGGGUAGAAAAGUACCGCCCCAAGGUGUUGAAAGAUGUGGUCGGAAAUGCCGAGACGGUGGAACGGCUCCAGUUGAUUGCGCAAGACGGAAACAUGCCACACUUGAUCAUUUCCGGGUUGCCGGGCAUUGGUAAGACAACCUCCAUUCACUGUCUCGCGCAUGAGUUGCUCGGCGAGUCUUACGGUGAUGCGGUGCUCGAGUUGAACGCGUCGGACGACCGUGGGAUCGAGGUGGUGCGGAACAAAAUCAAACAGUUUGCACAGAAAAAAGUGCAGUUGGCGCCGGGGAAACACAAGAUUGUCAUUUUGGACGAGGCCGACUCGAUGACCGCGGGUGCGCAGCAGGCGUUGAGACGAACCAUGGAGAUCUACUCCAACACCACGCGGUUUGCCUUUGCGUGCAACCAGUCGAACAAAAUUAUCGAGCCGUUGCAGUCGCGUUGCGCAAUUUUGCGCUACACACGCUUGCUGGACGAACAGGUGUUGGACCGCUUGUUGCUGGUGAUCAAGGCGGAGGGUGUGGAGUAUGCGAAUGAUGGGUUAGAGGCGUUGAUUUUCACCGCCGAGGGUGACAUGCGACAGGCGAUCAACAAUUUGCAAAGCACUGUCGCGGGAUUCACAUUCGUCUCUGGCGAAAACGUCUUCAGGGUCGUAGACUCGCCACAUCCGCUUGUGGUCAGAAAGAUGGUCUUGUCGGCCUCUGCCGGGCAAAUCGACGACGCGAUUGACUACUUGAACACCUUAUGGGCUAAGGGCUACUCUGCUGUGGAUAUUGCCUCCACGUCGUUCAAGGUGACGAAAAACAUGGUCGAAAUCAAGGAGGGCCGGCGGUUAGAGUUGAUCCGCGAGAUUGGCUUCACCCACAUGCAUGUUCUUGAGGGGGUCUCCAGUUACUUGCAGUUAUCUGGGAUGUUGGCUCGCAUCGCCGACAUGGCGUAGUGGGUAAAAUUAAACGAAGCAUUGAAAA